AUGCAGCUGCUCAACUCGGUGUUCUUGAUCACCUUGCUUUCCACGGGCUUGGUAAACGCCCUCGCACCUCGCUCCUCUGUCAACGGUCCUUGCACUGGUGCCGGUGGAGCACCCGGCGUCUGCAUCUCAACCUCAUCUUGCUCGAGCGGUGGCGGCUCGUUUAUCUCAAACGCUUGUCCUGGAACGGCAGCCAACAUCAAGUGUUGCGUCAAGACAAGUUGCGCUUCCGGAGGGAGCUGCAAGUGGGCCUCCCAAUGUGGAGGAACCACUCAAUCUGGACUCUGCCCGGGUCCCUCUAAUUUCAAGUGCUGCAAGCCGAAAAGCGGGAGCGGAACCCUUCCAGGCUUGAACUCUGUUCAAACUAGGAACGCGCGCGCCAUCAUUGCUCGUACCAAGAAAGACUUUGCCGCCAGCCAGCAGAAGCGUGCCUGCUACGUCGCGAUCACUACCGCCUUCCAGGAGUCGGGUAUUCGCAUCCUCGCCAAUUCCAAAUAUCCCGCUUCUCUUAACUACCCCCAUGAUGGCGUAGGUUCAGACCAUGAUUCUGUUGGAAUCUUCCAGCAACGGCCUUCCUGGGGAAGCACCAAGGAUCGCAUGAAUGCGGAUCUGAGCGCACAUUUCUUCUUCAACGCCCUUAAGAGGGUCAGAGGCUGGCAGAGCCUUGCGAUUGGAGUAGCUGCCCAAAAAGUUCAAGUUUCCGCGUUCCCUGACGCCUACAACAAGUGGGUGGCCAAAGCGGAGAAGGUUUGCAACGCCGGAUUGUAA